ACCAAAGUUGAAUCGAGCUAAUACAAAUGUACGAGAGUCAUAUAUAUUCAUUCUAUAUCAUUCUUAUGUAAAUACUAGUUCUUCGUACCACCAUAGUUAUUGGGCUAAAUCUCACCAUUGAUGCUUCAUUAAGAGAUAAACUGUCAGAAAAACAUUUUGAGAAUAUGUCUGGACAAAGAACCAGAAACUCCAGAUGCAACGCUGCCAACUCCUAGCAGUCGUAUGCGUGGGCAAGAGGCCCAGAACAAGAAGUCGUUGUCCCAACCCCUGGGCAGUGAGAUCAAGCCAUCUGAUAAAUCCAGCUUCAAGGGAUGUCCCUCGGUCUCCUUCUCUAAAGAAGAAGUUGAAGCCCUCUCCAACCGCUUCAGGUUUGCCCUGAUUGGCAGAUUUCGGCGUAGACCUCCCAUUGCAGUGGUGAAAAAUUUCCUUACCCGGCUGGGCUUGGCUGGAGGUUUCACUCUUGGAGAGCUCAACUCCAACUCCAACCUCAUCAACUUCGAGCAAGAUGAAGAUUAUCAGCGUCUUUUCUUACGCAAAUCUUGGACUCUUGGAAAGGAAAUCAUGGUGGUUACCAAGUGGUCUCCCAACCUGCGCCCUAAUGAAGAUUCUCCAAUUGUGCCGGUUUGGGUUUCUAUCCCUAAUCUCCCCAUUCACCUUCAUGAUCAAAAAGCUUUAUUUUACAUCACUUCCAAGCUAGGCAAACCCCUAAAAGUUGACAAUGCUACACUCAACUUUUCUCGUCCAAAGGCUGCUAGGGUUUGCAUUGAGAUUGAUGUGUCCAAGUAUCUCCACCAGAAGAUCCACGUCAAACAUAUUGAUGAAGACCUCUUUUUCGAGUAUUGCAAGGAUAGUUGGGAAGAGAUUCCUUUCCAUGGAGGAAUGCAGAGCCUCUUCAAAAGACUUCAUCAUCUCAAAGAGAAACUCUCUUCUUGGAAUAAAACACAUUUUGGUAACAUCUUCAACAUGAUUAAAGAAGCUGAAGAUGAAGCAACUAAGGCUGAACAGCUCUUUGAAGAAAACCCUUCAAUUGAUAACAAAAUCCUCUAUAAUCAGAAGGUGGCAGAACUUCAGGAGGUGAAUAAGAGAGAACAUGCCUUUUGGAAACAAAAAUGUAACCUUAAAUGGUUGAAAGAUGGAGAUGCCAACACUAAAUUCUUUCACAACCUGGUAAAAAAAAAGAGGAGAAAGCAGCAAAUUACGGGUCUUUUUAAUGAACAAGGCCAACUUGUUGAUAAACCUGAUGACAUGGAGGCCCUUGCAAUUAACCACUUCACUACUCUCUUUAACUCCUCAGAACAUUGCAGCUCAAGUGAAGUUUAUUCACAGUUUUUGCAAACCAUCCCUCAGAUUAUUGAACAAAGUCAUAAUGAAGGACUCAUGUCUCUACCCACAGAAGACGAGAUCAAGCUUACCGUCUGGAACAUGGAGCCUAAUUCAUCUCCUGGUCCAGAUGGUUUCAAUAUCAAUUUUUUCAAACACUGCUGGGACAUAAUCAAGGGUGAUAUAACUUCCGCUUGCCAAGAGGUUUUUCUAGGGAUUCCUCUUCCCAAAGCAGCAAGUUCUUCCAACAUUUGUCUGUUGCCUAAGGUUGAUAAUGCAAUGAAACUCAAUGACUUCAGACCGGUUUGCCUUUCUACGGUGGCAUCCAAAAUUGCUACUAAAUGCAUUGCAAGUAGGCUUGGAAGGCUUCUUCCUCUUAUUAUCUUUGAUGAACAGGGUGCUUAUGUUCCAAGGAGAGAGAUUAUGGACCAGAUUCUCAUCACCAAGGAGAUGGUACAUCAUAUUAAUAGGAAAGCUCGUGGUGGUAACCUUAUUGUCAAAUUAAAUAUGGCGAAAGCUUUUGAUAAGCUUAAAUGGUCAUAUCUUUUGGAUAUCCUCAAGGCUUUUGGUUUUUCUCCUCAAUUUAUCCAGAUGGCGCUUAACUCGCUUAUCUAUGAAGACAAUAGCAGCUUUAAUCCCUCAAAGCUCAUUGAUUCAAUAUCCAGUCCUAAAAUACGCGUGGUCAAGUGGUUGGAACAACCUAAGGGCAGACUUAAACUGAAUGUGGACGCAUCCUUCUCUCAUAAUGCUAAACAUGGAGCAGCUAUCCUGAGAGAUGACCAGGGCAGAUUCGUUGGCGCUGCCUCCUUCCAAGUUACAGGUACAUCCCCCUACCAAGCCGAGGUGAAUGCUGCCAUUAAGGGCAUCACAUGGGCGCUUAACUUUGGCUUGAUAACAACACUUGGUGGGGCAUUCACGCCAUUUCCGUCGAGCUUGACGCAAUUUGCUGCUGACCCGACAAAUGCUCAGGCUCUACAGGGCUAUCAACAAGUGAUGGCCAUGAAGCAACAGGCAGGGGGCUUCACUCCGUUUGCCUAUCCUGGCAUGAUUCCACCCAUCAUGAGUCAUAUGCAACCCCCGGUGUCGACCCCGUUAACAUUCGUCCCUAGGAUGGUCCUUGUACGGCCGAUGAAUUUGACGGGGGCCAUGGACAAAGCGGUGCCCUCAAAUGUUCAUGAAGCCGAUGAUGCGGAGCAAGAGGCGGCCCGUAGAGGGAAGGGUAAAGCUGUAGCUAAGGCCAGCAAAACCCAAGAUUCAACGUUCAAAUGCCUGGGGGACAAAGAGGAUGGACCGCGCAAGUCUGCCAAGCUACGUCUUGGUCGUGAGAUGGGUCGGACUAGUGCGAUGGAAAGACUUGGCGGCAGUCGUCCCGCCUUAUCACGUCGUUCUAGGGAAUCUGAGACGAUUCACCUAGACGAGGAAGAGGCCGAAAGCGCCCUAGAGGAAAAAGUAGAAGAGAAGGCGGGAGCGAAGAAGCAUACCCUGGCGAAAUCACCCUUCUCGGCUAGGGUACAUGCACAAAAGCUGAGGCGGAAGUUCAAGUUGGACGUGGAGAAAUUCACUGGAAAGAAGGAUCCAAACGUCCACCUCGACACUUUCCACAAUGCAACACAAAUGGCCGGGUGUACUGAUGCUGAGGAGUGUUUACUCUUCUUCUCAUCCUUGAGAGGGAGGCCAGUGGAAUGGUUUAAUAGCCUUCCUCAUGGUAAAAUCCGGUCCUUCGAGAAACUUGCUGAGAUCUUCCGCAAGAAGUACCAGGAUAAUUGCAUCAAAAAGAAAAAGUUCACCUAUCUUAAAACGGUAGGGCAGAGGGAGAAGGAGUCCUUGACUCAAUUCCUAACCCGAUGGAGAGAUGAGGUCGAUAAGCUAGAAGAGAUGGAUGAUAAGAUGGCCAUGUCUCUGCUGAUGAAUGCCUUUCGGUCAGGGGACCUCUACACUGAGUUCUGUAGAAGGCCGCCUUCAUCUUAUCAGGAAGCCUACAAUACGGCAUGGGAGUAUGCCGAGGCGGAAGUCCUGAACAAGAGCAAAAAGAGAACUGGGAGAAGGCUACACAAAAGCCAAAUCAGAGAAUGCAAGGAAGGACGAGCAGGCGGGAGGUUCCAGGCCAAAGAGAGAAGUGCCCUGGUGUUGUCACUUUUGUGUGAGGUCGCUGGAGCAGAGAGUAUUCGUCGCCGGAAGUUUCGCCGGAAAAUCUUCAAAACCUCCCUUACGCUUCGAGGUCAGAGAGGAAGACCUGGUAAACUCCAAAGUGCCAGGUUUGAUGAACUCCAAAGUGCGAGGUCUGAUGAACCCCAAAGCGCCAGGUCUGAUAAACUCCAAAGUGACAGGUCUGAUGAUCCCCAAAGUGUCAGGUCUGAUGAGCCCCAAAGUGCCAGGAAGACGAUGGUGCAGACACGCAGCAAUGCCAAUGCUCGAACCGGAGCCCCCCACCAGGGCGAAAAUAGCGCUACCGGAGGCCAGCACCCUCCUAUCAAUACGACAGAGGGGGAGGCCCUCAAUCAGAGGGUUGGAAUCACGGCUGAGCAGUUCAAGGAGGUGUUGGCGGCAGUGACGCCCAUUCGCGAGAUUGUUGUGGAAGACGCGACCGGGGUACCCGUAGGCGAGAAGGCUGGACCUGCUGGCUCACAGGGAAAGAAGAAAAAGGUGAGGCGAUCCCAGAAGAAGAAGGCGACCAAGCCUAAUGGGAAAGCCAGGAUGGAAGAUGCGCUGUCCAGAUUGGACGAGGAAGACGAGUCGUCCUCUUUUGAGCGGGCGUCAGCCUUUGAUUGCUUGGGAGAGCCCAUGGCAAAGAAGCCCCGAACCUCCGCGUUCGAUCGGCUGCAAGACACGCGAUCGGCCCGCAAGGGCGACCUGAGGGAGACGCUCAAGGAGAGGAGAGGAGAACCCACUGCGACCUCCAAGAUCGGCUCGGAGGAGCGACGAAAGGCGGUCGAGGACAAUGAAGCAGUUGAGUUGUGGAGGAUGUAUGAGCGAUUGGAGAAGCGGCUGGACGCCCAGAACCCCUAUCGCCAGGAAGUCUUUAGUGAGGUAACGCCCUUCUCUAGGAGGAUAAUGUCCUGCCCUCUCCCGGAAAACUUUAAAACCCCACAGGUCAAAGCAUACAAUGGGACAACCGAUCCCCAGGACCACCUUGCUCGCUUUGGGGCGAACGUGGUCAUGUAUGUCUACCCUGAAGAGAUUAAGUGUCGGUGCUUCCUGGCGACACUGGAAGGGCAAGCUUGUGAUUGGUUCCAUAAGCUGCCCAAGGGAUCGAUAGACAAGUGGAGCGAUCUGGCCCACAAGUUCAUGGAGCACUUCGCGUCCAGCCGGAGGCAAAAACUCCCCUUCUCGCAUUUGCUUAAUGUGAAAAUCCGAAAGGGGGAGCAACUCCGGGAAUUCAUCAAUAGGUGGGAGAAGGAGGCUAGGGACGUCCAAGGUGCGGACGACCAGGCUCUGAUCGCUAUGCUCCAAGCGGCACUCCCCCAAGGGGAUGUGCGCAAGGAGCUGCGACGGAAUCCGCUCUCGACCUAUCAGGAGAUGCUGGCCAGAGCAAAGUACCUGGCGUUGGAAGAAGAUGAUGAUGAGCCACCUGUCCGGAAGGAAAAGAAAAGUGGACCGCCGGUGGCAGAAGGAAAGAAGAGGAAAGACUACGGUAGGGGGCCUAACCCUACCGGAUAUCAGGCGAGCAGACAUCCUGUCCAUGCGGUACAGUCCUUACCUGCCCCUCCUCGCAGUAGGGAAAGCUAUGGCGUGCAAGACGCACCUAAAUAUUGCGAGUACCACUGUAACAGCACCCACAACACGUCGGAGUGCGUUAUGUUAAAGAAGGAAAUGGACCAAUUGAUCACCAGAGGGCCGCCUCCUCGGCCGGAGCGACCAUCGUCAGGUAAUCGGACCUCAAGGAGACCAGCAGCCCCCACUGCAGCGGUCACAGCAGAGGAAGGAGAGCUUGGGUUGUCCCAGAGCGAGCUGAAGCCGAUCCGUACAUUGCUGUCAGGGUUUACGGGAGACACUAUUGAAGCAGAAGGAACCAUCACGGUGAAGGCUGGGGUAGGAGACGGCACCCACCGACUCUGGCUCGACAUGGAAUUCAUGGUAGUGCAGCUCGAUUGCGCACACCAUUUGAUUCUGGGGCGACCAGGGUUGGAGGACCUAGAGUGCGUAAUCUCCCCCGUCCAUCUGUGCCUGAAGUUCAGCACCCCCAUGGGGGUGGGGGUGGCUAAGGGGAAUCAAAGCUUAUCUCGAUCGUGCUAUGUCAGGGCGACUAAGAGCCAGGCACGGGUCGAUGAGAAUGCCCACCCGGUCCACGUGCUGUCCCAGAUUCCAAUCGGAACCCUCCUCAGAAGUCUGAAUGCCCCGUCACAAGUUAGCAAAUGGGGAGUGUUCCUGGGAUCUUUCCAGAUAGAAUUCAAGCCACGACCAGCGAUCAAGGGGCAGGCCUUGGCGGAUUUUGUGGUAGAAUGCACCGCAAGGGAAGUGGAAUCCAACGGAGAAGAACUCGAAGGAAACUGGUGGAUUAUAUACACCGAUGGCUUGUCCGCGACUGAUGCUUCGGGGGGAGGCGUCGUGGGAAUAUCACCGGAAGAAUUCAAGGCAUACUACUCCGGUGGACCAAGCGCAGAAGCUGAUGGAGGAGAUCCGAGAAGGGAUAUGCUCAGCUCACAAAGGAGCCUUCAAGAUGUCCAGGAAGAUAACCUUGCAGGGGUAUUUCUGGCCUACGAUCAUCAGGGAUUGCGUAGAGUACGUACAGGAGCAGGGAACAAUGUGUACCUGGUGGUCGCGAUCGACUACUUUACCAAGUGGGUCGAGGCUGCCCCAGUACCGACCAUCACUGAAGAGCAAAUGAGGAAAUUUGUGUCCAAGCAAAUUUUGUGCCACUUUGGGGUGCCCCAGCAGAUCAUCACUGAUAACGGAACCCAAUUCGAGGCUAAGGGGUUCAAUGAGUUUCUACAGAGUUGGGGCAUAAAGCACAGUUACGCUGCGGUUGGAACUACUGCAAGGAAAGCUACGGGUGAAACUCCGUUCGUGCUCACAUAUGGGUUUGAGGCAAGGGCCCCGGCGGAGACCUCAUUGCUGAGUUAUAGGGUGGAGACAUUUGACGCCCAGGAAAAUGAGGAGAACCUAAGGGCGAAGUUGCAUCUCAUAGAUGAGCGAAGAGAAAGGGCGUACAUACGAGCAGAGAAUUACCGUCGGCAAGUUAAGUCGUACCAUGACCAAAGGAUGCGACCGAGGCAGUUCGGAAUAGGAGAUUGGGUCCUAAGAAGAAGGGAGGUCAGCCGGCCGACCGACGGAGGGAAGUUUGCCAAGAGUUUUGAAGGGCCGUACAUCAUAAAGGAAAUGUUGGCCGAUGGAACGUUUAGACUACAAACACCAGCGGGCGGGUUGGAAUGCUGCCAAUCUUAUCAAAUUUUAUCAGUAGAUUGUACUCCUGCUAUGUUUCCCUUUUGAAUUUAAUGAGUUCAUCAUUCCGGCACUUCUCUUCUUGAAUUGCAUCGUUCAAAAAAAAGGGAAGCGACGAAAGAGAUCGCCAAAUAGAGCUACAUGGUGAUUCGCACUAAGACGCCCACCAAGGGAUGAAGUGCCGAACCCUGUUGGCAACCAAGUCUAAAGGUUAUCGGAGAGUGCUCGCUCCACGGUCACCAGGGCGACCAUGGGACAGCGCAACUAACAAGAGGAUGACGGCAUGGCGAGAAAGCCUAAGAAAACGGCUAAGUCCAA